CGUUAGGAUGCCUUUUACUUCGGUUCACCCCGCUUGCGCCUCGCUCGCGGGGACGACUGCGCGGACCACCGCCGCCGCCGUCUCCGCCUCCGCCUCCGCCCUACGCUAGGCGCCCAGGACUUCGUCGGAACCUUCGCCUGGCACAAGCACCACCCAGCAGGUCUUUCUCGGAUCCUUCACCGGGCACAAGCACCACCCAGUAGUUUACAGCUGUGAUCUCUGGAGGUGCUCUUCCUAUUCUUUGUCGGUGCUUUGAUGGUGGCUUGAUGGCUAGUAAUAUGCAGGCUCCUGGGCCGCCUCAGCCUCCCAGGCCUCCCAUGAUGGGUUCUAGUGCCCAGCCACAAAAUCUUGGACCACCAAUGCCUAUGCAGUUUAGGCCAGUGGUUCCUUCGCAGCAGCCUCCUCAGUUCAUGCCGCCAGCAGCACAGCAGUUUCGUCCUGUUGGUCAGCCUAUGCCGGGGGCUAACAUUGGCAUGCCUGGGCAAAUGCCACAUUUUCCACAACCUGGGCAGCAUUUGCCUCACUCAAAUCAAGGUCCACCUGCAUCACAAGGGGUUCCCAUGGUAUAUCAGCCAGCUAGACCAAUGUCAUCAGCACCUAUGCAGCCACAGCAACAAACUGCGUAUCCUGGGGGCCAUUUGCCCACCAUGGGUGCCCCUAUGCAGCCCCCGACCUAUACAUAUCAACCAACAUCGAUUCCUCCUGUAGUGCAAGCCUGGGGUACAGGCCCAGGACAGAAUGUACCUCAUGUGCCUCAUCUAGUGCAGUCUGGGCACCAGCCGGUGUCAGCUCCAACAACUUUGCCUUCAGUCAACUUGUCUGAACCUAGCUCUUCAGACUGGCAAGAGCACACUGCCGCCGAGGGAAAAAAGUACUACUAUAAUAAGAAGACAAGGCAAUCAAGUUGGGAGAAACCAGUUGAGUUGAUGACACCUUUGGAGAGGGCUGAUGCCUCAACCGAAUGGAAAGAAUUUACUACACCAGAAGGACGGAAGUACUAUUUCAACAAAGUGACCAAGCAAUCAAAAUGGACUAUUCCUGAUGAGUUAAAGGUUGCACGUGAAUUGGCAGAGAAGGCAUCAAAUCAACAACCUGAUCGAGAAUCAGGAAUAGCUGCUAGUGCUCUUGUUGGAUCUGCUGCCUCUGAACCUUCUACUAUACCUGCUAAUCAGUCUUCAUCUGCUGUUGGUAUAAUUGCUCCCAGCUCACAUGAUGGGUCAUCAAACUCUGCUCCUCCUGGUGCUGCCCCGUCGCACAAUGUGGAGAACACUUCCAGUUCAAUUGUUGGCAUGCAAAAUGGUGCUCCAAGUACUGCUGUUGUUCCUGUUGCAACAAGCACAGAAGUUCCAUUAGUUGCAACAGAUGCAGGGGCCAGCAGAAACAACAAUGAAAAUUCAUCUCUGACCACUGGGGUUGACACACAGGAUGGUACAUCUGUUGAAGAUUUGGAGGAGGCAAAAAAGACCAUGCCAGUUGCAGGGAAGAUUAAUGUCACUCCACUGGAGGAGAAAACAAAUGAAGAAGAACCUGUAGUCUACGCCUCUAAGAUGGAAGCAAAGAAUGCGUUCAAGUCCCUGCUGGAGUCAGUAAAUGUGGAGUCUGAUUGGACAUGGGAUCAGACUAUGAGAGUCAUCAUAAAUGACAAAAGAUAUGGUGCUUUGAAAACUCUUGGCGAGAGAAAGCAAGCUUUCAACGAGUACUUGAACCAGCGCAAAAAGUUUGAAGCCGAAGAAAAACGUGUCAAACAGAGGAAAGCACGUGACGAUUUCCUUGCAAUGCUGGAAGAAUGCAAGGAGCUCACAUCAUUGACAAGAUGGAGCAAAGCAAUACUUAUGUUUGAAGAUGAUGAAAGGUUCAAAGCAGUUGAGCGUCCAAGGGAGCGGGAAGAUUUAUUUGAGAACUAUCUUGUGGAACUGCAUAAGAAGGAAAAAGCCAAGGCUGCUGAAGAACACAAAAGAUAUGUAGCAGAAUACAGAGCUUUUCUAGAAUCAUGUGACUUCAUCAAGGCAACUACUCAGUGGAGAAAAGUUCAGGAACGUCUUGAAGAUGAUGAACGCUAUUCCCGACUUGAGAAGAUCGACCGUUUGGAUAUUUUUCAAGAGUACAUACGGCACCUGGAGAAAGAAGAGGAAGAGCAGAAGCGGAUACAAAAGGAUCAAGUGAGAAGACAAGAGAGGAAAAACCGUGAUGGGUUCCGUAAAAUGUUGGAAGAACAUGUCGCUGAUGGUACACUCAAUGCAAGAACUCGGUGGCGUGAUUACUGUGCACAGGUUCUUGGAAUAUUUAUUUUCAGAGAUAGAGUGUUAAAAAAUGCUUUUCCUGAUUCUUUACAUUUUAUGAAUUCACAGAUAAAAGAUUCAGAGUCAUACUUGGCUGUAGCCUCAAACACAUCUGGCUCUACACCGAAAGAGCUAUUUGAUGACGUGAUCGAGGAACUUGACAAACAGUAUCAAGAAGACAAGACCCAAAUCAAAGAAGUGGUGAAAUCUGGAAAGAUUCCUAUGACAACUUCGUGGACAUUAGAGGAAUUCCAAACUGCUAUUCUGGAGGAUGAUGCUCUUAAAGGAAUAUCAACCAUCAACGUCAAGCUUAUCUAUGAUGAUCAGCUUGAAAGGCUCAAGGAAAAAGAGCAAAAAGAGGCUAAGAAGCGCCAGCGGUUGGGUGAAAAUUUUUCGGAUCUUCUGUAUUCAAUCAAGGAAAUAUCUGCUUCUUCAACCUGGGAUGAUUCUAAACAGCUUUUUGAGGAUAGUGAAGAGUUCAGGGCUUUGGACAGUGAGACUUAUGCUAGAGAGCUUUUUGAAGAGUGUGUUGUCCACCUGAAAGAGAGGUUAAAAGAGAAAGAACGUUUGAGGGAGGAAGAAAAGGCAAAAAGAGAGAAAGAGCGUGAGGAGAAAGAGAAGAAGAAAGAGAAAGAGAAAGAAAGGAAGGACAAAGAACGCAAAGAAAAAGAAAGAGACCACCGGGAGAAGGAGAGAGAAAAGGAAAAAGGGAAAGAUCGAUCAAGGAGAGAUGAAAUGGAUCUUGAUGGUGCUGAUUUGGACACCCAUGGUUCAAAAGAUAAGAAAAGAGAUAAAGAAAAGAAACAUAAGAGACGCCACCAUGACACAGAUGAUGUAAGCUCUGAAAGGGAUGAUAAAGAUGAUUCUAAGAAGUCUCGGAGGCAUAGCAGUGAUCGCAAGAAAUCUAGGAAGCAUGCACAUGGUUCAGACUCGGAUAGUGAAAACCGGCACAAAAGACAUAAAAAGGACCGAGAUAGUAGCAGAAGAAAUGGUGGACAUGAGCUGGAAGAUGGUGAACUUGGAGAAGAUGGAGAGGUCAAUUAGUAUUUCCGUUUGCUACCAAGAUUGUCAGUAAUUACUGCCCCUUGUCAUGUUCUCCAUUGCUCCUAUUCUUCUUACUUUUGACAUAGUGCUUCGGGCUUAACAAUCAUUAGUGUUAUAGUUAUUUAGUCCCAUAUAUUCUGAAAUAUUUUCUUUAAUAUCUACAUUUCUGCCGUAACACUUGUUGUUUCUUUCCUUUUUGCAUAAUCAAUGUGCGGGUUUUGGGGUAGUUGCACAUAUUAUUCUCUGGAAAAGGUGCAGCACUUUAACCAUGUGGUUUGCUUCAUGUGGAUGGUAUGUCCUGGUUUGGGAUGGUGUGAGUAGUAACUUCUUUUGUCUGGAUGUGCGAAUUGUAGCCAUGUAUUUUUGUAACGUUAACAAAAUAUUUUGUUGCCUUCCUAGACACUUCUUUAUCUCUGCCUUCUCUUUGUCUUUUGUACUUUACUGUGUAGGUUUGUAUUUGUGUACAUCAGUACAUGGGAGCUGAAAAGUGUUGAGUGUGCCUUAAUUAUCCUUUAGAACCUUGGCUGGACAUGCAACUUUAGAUAGCCAUAACCACAAGUUGUCUUGUCCUAUUCUCAGAAAAAUAAAUAAACAAAACCAUAAAUUUAUUUUAGUUCCAACUAUUAUAAUCUUAUUAUGUCCUGAUGAAGUUUAUUACUGACAUUUGACUGAACCAUCAGCUACUUGUAGCAUUCAUCUCCAGUCUUGUUACACAUGGAUUUAUUGCCAUCUCUUGCCUGUUGAGUUGCGCUGAAGCCUAUCAGCUGGAUUUUCCCCUGCCGCAGCUGUGAUGCUACUGCUGGGGGGCAAUGGAUAUAGCAAUAACACCAGCCCAUGCUUGACACAUUUUAUUGGUCCUUCUGAAAGCUGAUCAGGCUAAUUUUUCAUUUCCUUCGAAGUCCAUGGUGCAGUUUGUUUUGAGGUAACAUGGUUUGUGCUGAAGUUGUAGAUUGAAGUUGCUCAGUUUUCAACAAGUUUGCUUUGUGAGUGAUGUGCUUUUGGACUAGGCUGAGUAUUGAGUUUCUGAUUUUGUCGCUAAUGUCAUGUUGACAUGAUCAUUGUAAUAGGAUUUAGAUUUAUUUUGAAUUGUGUUGAGGAUUGGUGGGCUGGAAGAUUCAUCGUUUUUGUAUUAUGUUUUUCAUUUACCAGGUUAUCCAGAUUUACUCUUAAA